ACCGUCUUCCAUCCGCAAAAAAACGCAAGCUCCGCCACCAUCGCAUCGCCGGGUGACGAAUCCUCUCCCCACCGUGCCGUUUCCCGAUCCCCUCGACUCGCCUUCACACCGAACUCCGGACUUCGCCCUAGUGUAGCCUACUCUUUUUUCCCCCUUCUCGCUCACGUACGCCAUCGAUGACUUCAUAGCAAGACGCCAUUCUCUUAUAUCUUCAAACAUCCGGCGUUCAGGUCUCCCUCUCUUCCUUGGCAGCCUGUUCAUAUAGAGCUCAGUUUCAAAUAUAAUCCAAGCACGACAACCUUUUGUAUACAUACACGCACCUACGAUGAGGAAGACAACACUAGUCGCCUUUGCGGCCUCGCUUUUGUCCGUCGACGGAUUGGUACUCCGGAAGAGCGAGAGCAGUGCACCAAAGGUGGUGGGUUUGGAUCUGCACAGAGCGACGGUACCAUACACCCGCAACAGGAGGGAUAUGCUGCGCAAGAGAGGGUCUGUACAGGCCAGUCUGGACAAUCUGGAAACCUUGUACUUCGUCAAUGGCUCCCUCGGAACACCAGCACAGCCGAUGCGAUUUCACCUUGACACGGGUAGCAGCGAUCUAUGGGUCAACACCGCCAGCUCGACCCUCUGCAAAGGCCAGGGCGCGCCGUGUUCAGUGUCGGGCACGUACUCGGCCAACGAUUCGUCAACAUACAACUACGUCGGAAGCUGGUUCAACAUUUCCUAUGUCGACGGGUCGGGGGCGAGCGGAGACUACGUGACGGACAAGUUCACCAUUGGCGGAUCCUCCUUGACCGACUUCCAGUUCGGCGUGGGCUACACAAGUUCCUCAGCCCAGGGUAUUCUGGGCGUGGGAUACAAGGUCAACGAAGUACAGGUCGGACGUGCUGGUCUGCAACCCUACGACAACCUCCCCGCCAAAAUGGUGGCUGAAGGCCUCAUCGAGUCGAGCGCCUUCAGCCUGUACCUGAACGACCUGGAUGCUAGCCAGGGAAGCAUCCUAUUUGGAGGAGUCGACACGGCGCAUUUCGAGGGUGAGCUGAAGACAGUACCCAUUCAAAAGGAGUCCGAUGCCUACGCCGAGUUUCUCAUCACGUUGACAAAGGUGACGCUCGGGUCAAGGGCUCUGGAGGAGAACAUGGCUCUGGCUGUGCUGCUCGAUUCGGGCUCUUCUCUCACCUACCUCCCAGACGACAUGACUACGACCAUUUUCUCUAUGGUCGGCGCCGUUUACCAGCAAGCAGAGGGUGUUGCCUUUAUCCCCUGCUCCGCUGCCAACACUGGCGCCAACAUGACAUUUACCUUCUCGGGAGCCACCGUCACGGUACCUAUUGACGAACUUGUUCUCGAUCUGGUUGCCAUCACAGGCAAGCGCACUGCCUUCUCCAACGGCGUGGAUGCUUGUCUCUUUGGCAUUGCGCCGGCUGGCACUGGUACCAAUGUCCUGGGCGACACAUUCCUGCGCUCAGCGUACGUGGUUUACGAUAUCGACAACAACGAGAUCUCACUGGCGCAGACCAAGUUUAACGCUACAAGCACCAACAUCCUCGAGAUUGGUAAGGGCAGUGGGUCCGUACCGUCCGCCGUUGCGGUUGCAAACCCCGUAUCUGCCACGAACGGCCUCGUGCGAGGAGGAGGAGGAGGGUCAGCGGGGGGGGGAUCACAAAACGCGGCGCCGUCAAUGGCACCGCUGGCGGCAUCAUUACUUGCGGGGUCGGUUGCAUUUGCGGCUGGCUUCUCGCUCUAUCUCGUCUAAAAGGCGACUCGAUCGACUCUGUACGAGUCCAGUGGACCGUCGAAAGUGAUCGUGGGGCGUUUCUUUUGAGCAUUGCAUUGCGACGGCGUCUGGGAAUCAUGAAUAGUCAAGCAUGUCUGAUGUAAUUGCAUCGCGCAUGGCGUUUGGGGGCUUGAAGACUUGAUGAUAUUUAUUUGCACAGCACCUAUGCCUUCAGACGGGCGGAGGGGUUUUGGGGGAUGAGGAAACGGGACGACACAGAAAGCGAGGUGGACUAAGCGGCAGCUAGUUAGACGUACGCGACCCUUACCUAGAGCCAACCUCAUCAUCACGGAUAUUGGUUAAUUCAGGAGCAUUCCUUCCC